AGUGGCUCUAAACCAGAUGGGCAGAGGGACCCAGCAGAGACCAGCAAACCCUGUGGUCAUCACAUUCCACCAGAAGCUUCCAGAGGAGCCCACAUGAGCACCCUUCAACAACACUCCCAAGCAACGGAGGGGACGCACACUUGGAACCCCAACAAGAGACUUGCUGAAAUAUGGCUCAGAGUGACUUCCUCUACCCACAAAACCCAAGGAGGCGACAGGAAGUGAACCGCCUUCACCAGCAGCUGCUGGACUGCUUGUCUGACUGCUUCCAGGUCACCAACAAGCUCACAGGCCUUCUGAAUGCCCACCUGGGUUGCAGGCUGGCCUUCAUUGAAAUGAGAAGUGACGCAACCAUCAAAAGAAACUGUGACAUCAUCAUCCAAGCCGUGACAAAAAUCCAGAAGGAGCUGCAAAAGGUUGACGAGGCACUGAAAGACAAACUCGAGCCAACCCUUUAUAGGAAGCUUCAGGAUAUUAAGGAAAGGGAAACAGAGAAGAUAGCCAUCGUGCAGAAGGUCAUCUCUGUCAUCCUGGGAGAAGCUACAGCUGCAGCCAGUGCAGUGGCUGUCAAACUGGUGGGCUCAAAUGUCACAACGGGUAUAAUUAGCAAGCUGGCCUCUGUGCUGACUCACAUCGGGACUUCUAUCCUCGGGAGCAUCGGAGUAGCCGUGCUCAGCCUCGGGAUAGACAUGGUCGUUCAAGCCAUCUUGGGAGCAGUGGAGAGGACGCAGCUUCAAUCAGCCAUCCAAAGUUACGAGAAGCAUCUGACUGAGUUCAAGGCCGCCUCAGAAAAGUACCAUCAUGCUAUCGCUGAGGUCACCGAUGCUGUGAAGCGCCAGUUAAGGUGAACACUCAGGUGUCUACACUGGGAUGGUCCUGUGCUUCUCUCUCUGGCACCGUGCUAAUGUCUUUAAUUUUCCAGAUGUCUCCAGCAAUGUGGACACAGAUAAACAAUGUGGCGUGCUUGGGUGUUAGGACACUGAUUGAUCAAAUCAGCUGUGUUGGACCAUCAUGGGAUAACACUCUAUCCGGUUCCUAUCCUGCUGUCAGAACCACUGGGGUGUAAAGGCAUCAUAGAAAAGCAAGGCACUGCCUAUUGCUUCCUCAUUGCCAAACAUUCCUGCUAAAUGGAGAGGCCGUUCCCAUUCCCUGUUUCGAACAUCACUUAUGUCUAAUAAAUCAUUCUUAA